CCCCCAGCCAGCAAAACCCACAUCAGAACAGCUUCCUGCCCCCAGAAAGAGACCAUCUCUCUGAGCCACGUUGAGCACCCAGGAUUGACUCUGUGAUGCCGUGGCCACCUGAGGCACAGAACUGCACCGCCUCCACUUAUCCCCAGAUGAUGGCCCACAAGGAAGCUGCCCAUCUUCAUGCCAUAGCUCCUUUGGAGAUGAUGCACCUAGUUUUCAUGGUGCUCUGCGCUCUGGCCUUCAUUCUCGGUGGGAUGGGGAAUGGAUUAAUCAUCUUCAUCACCAGCUGCCGGAAGAAGAAAAUAGUUGAUGCCAUGUGGCACCAGAACAUGGCCAUUGCUGGAUUUAUCUUCACCAUCUUCCUGCCUCUCAUGAUGGCUCAGGUGGCCCUGGGCGUCCACUGGUAUUUGAGAAGUGUCCUGUGCAAGAUAACCAACAUUAUCACCUCCCUCAGCAUGUUCUCUAGCAGCUUCCAACUCACAGCCAUCAGCGCUGACCACUGUGUCAACACAGUUUGGCCUGUGUGGGCCCAGAACCACCGCACAUUCCAUCUGGCCUCCCUGAUCGGACUGGGCAUCUGGAUUCUGGCUGUUAUAGUCAGCUGGCGCUACCAUGACCUCUGCUCCGAUCAGAGCCUCUUAUUGAGAGAGAGUGGAGAAGCAGCCAACGUCGCUACCCGGUUCCUGGUUGGGUUUCUGGUCCCACUAGCCUUGAUCAGCAUCUGCUUGGUCACCCUGAGUGGCCAGAAACGGGUGGCUUGGUCCAAGAAGCCCCUCCGGACCCUCCUCAUCUUGCUCAUCAUUUUCUUCCUCUGCUGGUCCCCGUAUCACGUCAUUGCCUUCCUGCAGACCUCACCCAAAGCAUCAUCUCCAAAGACAACAGAAUCCCUGGAGACUGGGGCUGUCUUUGCUCAUGGCCUGCUCUGUUUCAACAGCUGCUUCUACCCCUUCUUCUACCUCAUCACACGACAGCAUUUUGUUGGCUGCCGGAGACGGAGGCGGAUCUCUCAAAUCCCAGUUAAUGUGGGAUCAGAGCUGGCUGAGUUGGGGGCAAAUAGAUAG